GUCUGACCUUUCCCGAUAAGCUCGGUGAUUGCUCGAAUGGGAACGCCUAGGGCAUCGAACCACCAGCUCGUCCUCCUCUCGGAUAUAUUAAUCUACUCCUAAAAAUCUCUCCUCUCCGAUUCCCCCUCCUCUCCUCUUCUCUUGCAAAGCUCCAAGCGCUCGUUGUUUUCGCUGGCUCGUUCUCUCCGGUUUCUUAGGUUUUUCUCAAGGGGAUCAUGGAGCGGCGGGGAGGAAGGGAUCGAGGUCCACUAAUGGCGGUGGCUUGUCCGAAGCGUGCGUAGCGAGGGGGCCGGGCGGCCGGCCGGGGGAUCUUGUGUGGUGGCUUCAUUCGGAGGGGGUCGCUGUGGGAGGUGGAGCCGAGGGAGGCACGAGGCCGGCAUUCGUGCGCGGAAUCUGGGGCGCACAAGCGCGGCGCUGGGUGGCGGAGCGAUCGAGGUCCUUUUCUGAGGAAUGCAGCUGGUUCGGAGCUCGUUUGCGUCCAAUCGGUAGAGAAACAAUCAUCGUGGUGUCUCAAGAAGCUCGAAUUCUUGGUUUCUUGAGUGGAGCCACAGAUCCGGAGAGGAAAAGGAUAGCAGAUUAUAGAUCUGAAAGCUGAAGACUUGGAUCGAAGCGGCAAGGAAAGAUUAGAACUUUUGUGCUGUCAAGAGGGACUGGCUUCAAAAACCGUCCGAAUUCGAGGCCUGUUUCCGCUGCUGCUGCUGCUGCUGCUGCAGUGCGUACAGGCGGCAGUGCUGAUCUCUGUCCGCCUGGGGAGCAAGUAGUGAAAGGAUGGAAAGAGAGAGGUAGUGGAGACCAGCGCUUCUCUCUAGAUGUUGUUAUGAUAUCGCUGUGGAAAAGCUGAGGCUAAGAGCUGACAUCUCCGGCCACCAACGCCCUCUCCAGCGUCCAAAGUAGUGCAGUGUGAAUUCGUCAUCAAUGCUAAAGGACAGCCCCACCGACUCCUAGAAACCCUAGCCGGAGCCCAGCUCAGCUCCCUGCCACAGUCUCUCCCCUUUACCAAAACGAGAUCUUGGGAUAAGGACGGAGCGAGCGCGGAGGUGAUAAGGACGAGCGCAACCCACCCACCCCGUCUCGGCGAGAGGCAUGAAAGCGGGAUGGAGAUGGAGGAGAACCACGCAUGCAAACGAUCCCGGGUUGGAAACGGCACCGCCAUCAGCAGCAGCCAGGCGGCCAAGAUAGGCCGCAAGAUGCAGCACCAUGACGAUGACGACGACGAUGGAGAAGUGAGGGGUGGUGGGGCCACCGCCGCCGAGAGCCGCGUCAUGUCUUGGCACCACCCUUCCUCCAGGAUCUUUAGAGUGUCUCGGACCUCCGGCGGUAAGGACCGCCACAGCAAGGUGUACACCGCCAAGGGCCUCCGGGACCGGAGGGUCCGCCUCUCGGUCUCCACCGCUAUCCAGUUCUACGACCUCCAGGACCGCCUCGGCUACGACCAGCCCAGCAAGGCCAUCGAGUGGCUGAUCAAAGCCGCUGCUGCCGCAAUCGAUGAGCUCCCGGUUCUCGACGGCACCUUCCCGGAGGUUCCAAAACCUCAUCACCCCGAAGAAAAGCCACCGCAGGACGAGCCUGAUGCGGAGGCGGAGCCCGGCUACAACCAGCAGCAGCAUCUUUCGCUCUCCAAGUCCGGCUGCAGCAGCAACUCCGAAACGAGCAAGGGGUCGGUCCUCUCCCUCUCCCGCUCCGAGAUCCGUGCCAAGGCGCGUGACCGCGCCCGGGAAAGGGUGAAGGACAAGGAGAAAGACCGAGACGACGGCCAUGUCGCCAUCUCUCAUCACCAGAAUGUGAACCCUUGCCUCAACUCUCAGACCUCCUUCACUGAGCUUCUCACUGGCGGCAGCAGCACCAAUGGCGCUGACGUCGCCACCGCACAGGCGAAUUCCAGCGUUAAUCGUCUCCAGAAGCAAAUGCAGCACCUGCCGGCUGUCACCACGACUGCCGACUACUUCAGCCAAGCAGGUCUCUUUCCCCAGGCACAGAAGUCCCACCAGCUGCCAUCAGGGUUCUCAUCCCAAGCCCACUUUGGGAACAGCUCUCCCAUGGGAAUGGCGCCGCUCAACAUUGCCGCCACAGCAGCGGGAGCAGGAGACCAUCCGGAGAUGCAGCAGUUCUAUUUCCUGCAGGACCAUCUCAUGCCCGCCUCAGCCAUGCCACCGGGGCCGGGAGACUAUAACCUCAACUUCCCCAUCUCUCCAGGUCUUGCAGGUUUCAACAGGGGGACCCUUCAGUCCAAUUCACCUUCUCAGUUGCCUCACCACCACCUCCAGAGGCUCUCUUCUCCGGUAGACGGAUCGAACCUGCCCUUCUUCUUUAGUUCUGCUGCUUCAGCUGCGGCUGCCACCUCCACGGAGAACCAGUUCUCUGCUGGAUUUGAUGGCCGCCUGCAACUCUGCUAUGGGGAUGGCUACCGGCAUUCGGACCUGAAGGGGAAAGGGAAGAACUGAGACCUCCUGUGCACCUUCUCCUCGCUGGAACUGAAGACAGCAACCAUGGUGAACUCAAGUCCUUUGCAAACUGGUCAUCUGAAAUAUGAUAUUAUUCAUAUUAAUGGUGUUAGUGUAACAAUCAUUGCUGUUAUAUUUAUCUUCCUUGCUGUUCUCAGGAAUUCCAUUUUGUCAUUCAUGAGUUGGAUGAUUUUAUCUGUAUGGUUCUAGGUUUAGACCUCAUUAUCAGAACCAUAAACAUUUUCUUAAAUUUUUAUUGCUGUCUUGAGUUCAUCAAGCUGUAGAUUUGAGAUCUUUGAAGCAAACAGAAUCGGCUGAGGGUUUGUUUGUUCAUGUUGCUC